CUCUGGGCCAAUGAAGGGAGGACCAAUAGCCUCCACCUGCCGCCACCCGCGCCGCCGCCCCCGCCCUUAGCGGCUCGGCGGGUAAGGCACCGGCGAGGCCGCUGCGGGGCUCCCGAGUCACCGCUGCCCGGCGGGGCAGGCCCCGCUUCCCGCAGCCUGCCCUGCCCAGCCCGUGCCUCGUCCCGUUCGCCGCCGGGACGGGAUGAAGCUACGCAGCGAGCGGCUUCCGCCGGCGGCCGCAGAGGCGCCAGCAGAGAACUGCAGCGGUGCUGCUUUAUUUGCAAAGGCAGAGGAGCUGCUGCUGAAGAAAGUGGCAGAUGGAGAUCCUCGGGCAUGUUUUCUAAAAGGACAGCUGUACUAUGAAGAGGGGUUGUAUGAAGAAGCAUUAACAGAAUUUGAAAAAAUCAAGGAUACAGAUUUUCAAGCAAUGUAUCAGCUUGGUGUCAUGCAUUAUGAUGGACUAGGCACUAAAGAAGACCCUGAAAAAGGAGUGGAAUAUAUGAAGAAAAUACUCGACUCUGAUUCACCAAAAGCAAAACACUUGAAGUUUGCAGCUGCAUACAAUCUUGGCAGAGCACAUUAUGAAGGCUGUGGUGUUAAACAGUCAACUCGAGAGGCUGAAAGGUUAUGGCUUAUUGCUGCAGACCAUGGGAACCCAAAAGCGAGUGUGAAAGCCCAGGCUACUUUAGGAAUGUUCUAUUCUGUGGCAGUUCUGAAAGAUCUGAAGAAGGCCUUUUUCUGGCAUUCAGAAGCAUGUGGCAAUGGAAAUCUGGAAUCACAGGGAGCGCUUGGUGUUAUGUAUCUCUAUGGACAAGGUAUACAUCAAAACACUAAGGCUGCUUUGGAGUGUUUGAGAGAAGCAGCAGAACGUGGAAAUAUCUAUGCUCAAGGCCAUCUUGUGGAAUAUUAUUACAAAAGAAAAUUUUACUCCACAGCUGCUGCCUUAGCCAAAAGGGUUACAGAAAAUGAUGACAUCGAUAUGUUAGCAGCAGUAACUGAUUGUCUUCCUACAUAUAUAGCAAAGGGAGUUGCUAUGGCUGCUUUCUACUUGGCUAGAUGUUUCCAGCUUGGCCUAGGUGUGCAGCAAGAUCAAGCUGCUGCUAAAAAAUACUAUUCUAAGGCAUGCCUUCUGGAUCCUGGUGUUGCUGCUGACCUUGAACUGACAGCUAAUCUUGGGAGAAUUUAGUGCUUCCUUCAACUCCGAGUGGUAUACAAAUGUAUUUCCCACAAUAAACCAUCUUUAAUCUUCA